CACAAAAUUUAAACGUUUUGACCGAGUACCUAGAACAACAAUUGCAAAAUGGGGAGUACGAUUGUUUGGCAAAUUUGGCCAUCUUGAAAUUGUGAGUGUGCAAGGGAGAUACUAUUGAGCCGUUUAUACUGAGAAUGGAUGGCAUAGACCCAUUACGCGAUGAUCAAGUACACCAGUACGCAAGCCGAGUAUAUCACUUUUGAAUGGAGAGAUGUACAGGGAGGCAUGCUUGUUAUUAGCUCUAUCUGAUACAUGGACAAAGGAGGGAAGAUGAGGGGUGGAAUUCACCAGCAUGUGUUUCACGGACUUCUUACUGACCUAUUUUACUGCUAUUUUAGGUUCCAAUUCAACCCUCAAGAUUUUGAAUAUUCCGUUGCUAUUUCCGUUCUCCUCAAAGCAUUGACAGCUGCACCUUUCCCCGACUUCAAUUUGUGCUUGUCUCUAUUGGGUGAAUCUCCCGUUUCCACUUUGCCAUCUUCUACUCCUUCGUUCCCAGAAGAAGCAACAGAAGAACAAAAAGAAGAAAUCAGACGUUCGACUAAAGAAGCUACGUCAGUUCCCGCUGCCGGUAACCUUACCGAUCCUUUGAUCGUCAAAUUGUCAAAUUUAUCCUCUUACCUUCUUUCGGCACGAUUCAGACUAUUCUGGAAAACAUUUGCAUCGGCCGAUUACAGUGAUGUUCGUGAAUUCGCAAAAGGGGCACAUGGAUUCGAAGAUGCGAUCAGACAGGUUGCCUUGGAAAGUGUAAAGGGUGCUUUCCGUACAAUCAGCUCAACAAGGUUAGCUGAAUACCUAAAUCUGUCCAAGCAAGAAUUGCCAAAUUUUAUCUCUCAAUAUCCUGGAUGGACGAUUGAAGGUGAACAGAUUUCUGUUCCUGCCAACCCUGACAAUGACGUCAAAGCAACUGUUAUCCGCGAAGACGUUCAAGUUGAUCAAUUGAGCAAACUACUUUCCCAAUCACAAACACCUGUUCUACGGGUUUAGAUGAGUUUCACUUUAUCUUUUGUACAUUAUACAAACACCCGCAAGGGCGCAAAAUUCUAUUUUCCAGAGAUGCCAUUGGGAGGUUCAUGCUAUUGGACCUUGAAUAAUUUUGAUUCCUGCUUCAAACGUUCCUAAGAAUACAAACCCUCCUAAUCCGAUCCAAAUCGUUCUUGGUAUGAAACCGGAAAAGAGAGCUUUGAUGCCUUCGUUUGUAGCGAUAUGACGAAGGGUUGGUAAAAUUUUAGUAUUGACA